CUGGUCGUCCCAAACAACUAAAGUAUUUUUUUUAUUUCAGCGGUAAACGAACUACACCUUAUCCAUUCUAAGCAAAAAACAAAACAACACAGAAAGAUACGAAAACGCACACGUACGUUAACAACACUCAUUACCAAGAAAUGGUUUGAGUUUGCGAUUAAGUAACAACUUUCAAGCAAUGGAUGAAAUUAUAGAAGAAAUUAAUCAGCUUGGUCGUGGGAACGCAGAGAAUUUGGCGUCGCCUUCGCUUAUCGAUUCAACGCAAGUUCUCGUUCGAAUGGCAGAUAAACCAACAAGGAUAUCUGGGAAGGCAACAAAAUGCAAGGCAAAAAAAGACAGUACAAGUGAUUGGGAAUUUUCUAAAUCUACAAUUCGAGAACGAAAUGAGAAAAUGUUCAACAAUGAAUUGCUCAGUGACAUUCACUUUAUUGUUGGACCUCUUGGUGCAUCAAAACGAAUUCCUGCACAUAAAUAUGUCCUUGCAAUUGGGAGUUCUGUCUUUUUUGCAAUGUUUAACGGUGAUUUGGCCGAAAACAAAGAGGAAAUACAUAUUCCUGAUGUGGAACCUAAAGCUUUUCUUGCUUUGUUAAGGUACCUUUACUGUGAUGAGGUUUGUCUUGAAGCAGACACUGUCCUGGCUACCUUAUACGCAUCAAAGAAGUAUAUUGUGCCCUAUCUUGCCCAUGCUUGCGUGGAGUUCCUGGAAACCAGUCUUAGCUACAGGAAUGCUUGUGUACUGCUGUCUCAAAGCUGCUUAUUUGAAGAUGAGGAUCUUACUCAAAGAUGCUGGGAGGUUAUAGAUGCCCAAACUGAACUGUCCCUGAAAGCCGAAGGAUUUACAGACGUAGAUGGAAAAACUUUAAGAUCUAUUGUGUGUAGAGAAAGCCUGAGUGUCAAUGAAACAGCAGUAUUUGAUGCUGCUAAUAGAUGGGCAGAGGCAGAAUGCAUUCGAAAUAAUGUAGAACCAACUGGUAAAAACAAACGUGAAGCUUUAAAAGAUAGCUUGUUUCUAUUACGCAUUCCAACAAUGUCAUUGCAGGAGUUUGCUGACGGGCCCGCAACUUCUGACUUGCUGACAAAAGAAGAAAUUAUUCAAAUAUUUGUUUGGUACUCUGCCACAACCAAGCCUGAACUGACAUUUCCAACUGAACACCGCCGUGGCCUUACACCACACUGCUGUCAUAGGUUCCAGUCUACUGCAUACAGAAGUAACCAGUGGAGAUACAGGGGCCGAUGCGAUUCAAUCAGAUUUAUGGCAGACAAGCGGGUUUUUAUCGCAGGUUACGGUCUGUAUGGGUCGAGCACUGGUGCAGCUAACUACAAGGCACAUAUUAAGCUAUCGCAGAAUGGUAAAGUGCUCUCCGAAGAGACUGCUGGAUUCUUUUCUGAUGGCUGUAGCAAGACCUUUUCCGUUUGGUUUAAACACUCGGUUCAAUGCGAACCAGGCAUAUUUUACACUGCGUCUGCUAUACUGGAUGGCAAUGAGCUUAGUUACUUUGGCCAAGAAGGCCUGAGUGAGGUGGUUUGUGACGGUAUCACCAUCCAGUUUCAAUGCUCAAGUGACAGCACAAAUGGCACUGGUGUACAAGGCGGUCAGAUACCAGAACUAAUAUUUUAUUACGCAAACACCUAAGUGACCUAAUCAUAAACUCUGUUUUACAAGUUUUCUGGCCAACACUGAAAUUAAACUACCUUGCAUGGUGCAAUAUUGAGCCAAAAUCAACAAGUUUCAACAUCAAAUGUAUAUAGAAUGUACACACUUAGUAAAACUACCUACCUAUAUAAUUUUAAACAAUAUUUUUAAUUUUUAGCUUGUGCUUAUUAUCAUUGAAUUGCAGUUUAUAUUGCUUACCCAAGACUGGAAGAUUAAUGUGCAGUUCCUUUGCUAGAAGUAGAAAAACUUUUCCCAAAAUGAAGACAUUCACCUAAAGUCCCAUUCCAACAAAUUAAUACAUUAGUGUUAGUGUGUUAAAUUAUAGAAAUUUAGGAAAAUUUUAUAUUGUCUUGUUCUAAAUAUUUAUUUGUAUAAUGUAUUAAAAUGGUCAAAUUUUGUAAAUCUGUGCUUUGUAAUAAAAAAUACACACAAUA